CUCGCGCAGCCACGCAUUAUACAUGUCAGUUACACUACAUCAUUACAUGUAGAAACUCCAGUGUGAAUUUAUUUUUUAUUUUUGAUCUGUGCGUGUUUUUGAAUCUGUGUGUGAUGGGUGCGUUGGAUUGUGUCAAUAAAAUAUCUCCGAGGGACAGUGGAGUGUUUACAGUUAAUAUGAACUCGCAGACAUCGCUGAAUGUUAAUCAAAAGGACUUGGAGUCACAACUCAUCAAGCCAACGCGCUGCGGCAGCGGCCACAGCAUCUGGUGGACUCUAGCUAUUGACAUACCUUUAUUAUUAUUAGUACUCCUUCUCGUCGGUUUAUUCGAGUUUGGCAUAAUACCACACCACAAGAACGGCUUCUACUGCAAUGAUCCAGCUUUAUCACAUAAGUUCACGGGAGAUACGGUCAAUUUUGAAGUCCUCAUGUCUACGGCCAUUUUGUGUCCUUUGGUGCUGGUGUUCAUAACAGAGUACAUCUUCCACACGUCAACGUACAGUUCUCAAACCAAGUUGCAACAUGUGACAAGGAACACGCUCCUCAUAUACAGGAGCUAUGCGUAUGGCCUGUUCUUUAACUUGGGUGUGAUUGAGGUCAUGAAAGGGCUCAUUGGGAACCCUAGACCGACCUUCUUUGAUAUAUGUGAACCGGAUGCUGCUAAAACUUGUAAUGGGUCAGAAUAUGUAACAACAUACGAGUGCACCUCUACAAGAUUCUCCAAAUGGUAUCAAAGCGACUCCUAUCACAGUUUUCCUUCAGGCCACACUUCUCUAUCCGUGUAUUGUGGUCUGUUUAUGGCGUGGUACCUCCAAAAACGCGCGUUCGACUGGCAGCACCGCACAGUAUUCCUCGUGCCCGUCAUACAAAUGACGUGUCUGACGUACGCCGCUGUGACGUCACUCACACGGAUCACAGACCAUAGACAUCAUUGGUGGGAUGUGCUUACUGGCGCUGUGAUUGGGGCUGCCAGUUUGGUGUAUACGGUAUUAGUACUCUGCAACAAUUUCAAAAUAAUGUCUAACUUGGAGAACAAAGUUAUGACAGAAAGUCAGCACACAGUUCAAACGUUGGUCUUCGAUGAGCGGCAAAGAUCUUCUUUAUAAUAAGAAAACACAACUUGUAACAAUUAAAAAAAAUGAUGUAAGCCCAAAAUACGUACGUACGUCAAUUUAACCACUGUGCAGAAAUUGUUUUAGAUUUCUGCGGUUUUAGGUAUGGCAAUUUAGACCAAUAGCAUUGCUACAAAAUGACAGAAAUAAACGCGGGAACGAAUGGCGCUUUCGCAUUGGCUCUAAUUUUUUUUUUUGGUGACUUCACCCACUAGUUAUUCAUGAAAAUAAGCGACUGAAGGACUUGUAUCCAUGGUUAUGAAUAAAUUAUUAAAAAAAAAAAAUAAAAAAAUCAUGAAAAUAAUGAUAAGUUAUUUUUUUUAUGUUGCCUGCAAUUAUAAAAAUAUUUUGAAUGGAUUAGAAUAAAAAUAUUCUAGAUAUAAGUAAUCUAUUUUUAAGUAUGUACAUACAAUUUAGGUCAGUAUAACUGAAUAUUGAAACCGUAAUUACGUAAUUUUUAUAUUACCGAUACCUAAUUGU